GUAGAUCUACUUUUAAGUCCUUGUUUGGUGCAGCAACGGCAGCAGACGGUGUGCUGCCAUACACCAGUGUCGUGUCGGCGAUACAAAGAUGAUGGAGAAGAUUCAAAAAUCUCUGUGAUUUGAACAGUUGCAAUCAAAAGGAUCUGUAGAGUCUACACCAGUAUUGUUCUCGGGCAGAAAUAAAAUAUCCGCUAAAAUAUUAGCUGGCAAGGAGGGCAAAAGUGAAACAGAGCCAAGACCAGAGUAAACAGGAGAGGAUAGUCGGGCAUAGCGAACAUUCUUCAGAAAGCUGAAAGACCCACCGGCAAAAUCUAGCAAUGGACGUGGAGGUGCAAGCCAAAGCGAGCGGGAAUUCUCCACCAGGGCACCUGCAAAACACAACGGGUGUUGACAGUGAAUAUGAGCCGAAGAGUGUCAAAUCAGCAGAGCCCAGGAAAAGCCUGGCGCUCACUACCCGAGGCGACUCGGACGAUUCCCUCAUUACCAAGAAGCAAAGACGUGAUGAAGAUGGCAAGUCAAAGGAGGAGCAGGUCUCCUUGCAGCGAUUGUUCAAGUACGCCACGCCACUGGAAGUUGUACUCAUGUGUGUCGGCACCAUCAUGGCCGCAGCACACGGCACAGCAGUGGCAGCCGUUAUGAUUGUCUUUGGCAAUUCUGUCCAGUCGCUUGUCGAUGCCACAACGCUGGGUCCCGGCGGUGGUGGCAACCUCACUAAUGUUACCAAUGGAACUGGAGACGCACUGUUUGAUAAGCUGCAAGAUGAGCUCAAAGAUCAGGCUAUCAUCUAUGCUGGUAUGGCUGGUGGUGUGUGGUUUGUGUCCUAUCUACAGGUGUUCUGCUGGUACUCGGUGGGAGAGAGCAUCAUCAGACGGAUCCGCCGCAAGUUCUUCACCGCCAUUCUGCACAAGGACAUUGCUUGGUUUGACACACACAAGACCGGGGAGUUAGCAUCCCGACUGUCCGAUGAUAUUCUGAAGGUCUAUGAUGGCAUGGGGGAUAAGAACAGUGUCUUCUGCCAGUGGAUAGCAUGCAGCAUAGCCGGCUUUGUCAUCGGCUUUGUCUACUCCUGGAGGCUGUCUCUAAUUGUCUUGGCAACCACACCGUUGAUCGCUGCAUCAUCGGCAUUUGUUUCCAAGCUUGUCAUCUCCUUUGGCACAAAGGAACAAGAAGCAUAUGCAAAAGCAGGCGGUGUGGCCGAAGAAGUACUGUCUUCCAUACGUACGGUCGUGGCCUUUGGAGGCGAGUCGAAGGAAACUGAAAGGUACGUCAAGGAGCUUGAGGGUGCACGCAAGGUUGGCGUGAGGAAAGGCUUCAUUUUCGGCGUGGGUUUUGGAAUGGCUUACUUUCUGAUGUUUGGAUCGUUUGGCCUUGCCUUUUGGUUUGGCUCUGUGUUUAUCUGGGAUGGUACAAUCACAGCCGGUGCAAUGCUAACGUCAUUCUUCUCCGUCAUCACGGCAAGCUUUGCAAUUGGAUCGGCUUCCCCAGGCAUACGUGCCUCUUCCAUUGCUCGUGGUGCUGCGGUAGCCAUUUACAACACCAUUGAUGAAGAGCCAAGCAUCAACUCGGCAUCUGAUGCAGGAGACAAGCUGGAGAAUGUGGAAGGAGACAUCUCAUUUGAUGAUGUGCAGUUUAGAUAUCCGUCUAGACGCGAUGUUACGAUUCUAACUGGAUUGUCGGUGAACAUCAAAAAGGGAACAACUGUGGCACUGGUUGGACCCAGCGGUUGUGGCAAGAGCACAUGUAUUCAACUGCUUCAGAGAUUUUAUGAUCCAGAGGCCGGAAGGGUAACUCUGGAUGGACGUGACAUUCGUAAGCUCAACAUCAAGUGGCUGCGCAGCCAAAUUGGCAUUGUCAGCCAAGAACCCAUCCUCUUCCAGGACACGAUUGCCAACAAUAUUGCGUUUGGAUCUCUGAAAGACGUCACUCGGGACGAUGUCAUUGCGGCAGCAAAGAUGGCCAAUGCCCAUGACUUCAUUCUCAACUUUCCUGAUGGUUAUGAAACACAAGUCGGUGAGCGUGGUGCUCAAAUGUCCGGUGGUCAGAAGCAGCGCAUUGCCAUCGCCCGCGCUCUGAUCCGCAAUCCUAAGAUUCUCUUACUGGACGAGGCCACCAGUGCACUGGACACGGAGAGUGAACGCACUGUGCAGGCCGCUCUUGAUGCAGCACGUGCUGGGAGAACAACUAUCGUCAUAGCUCACCGCUUAUCCACUAUUCAGAAUGCUGACUGCAUUGUAGCAGUGGAAGACGGAAAGGUGACGGAGAUGGGCACACAUCGUGAACUGAUGGAGAAAGAGGACGGCUUGUACCAUGCUCUUGUUACUAUGCAGGCUGCUGUUGCUGAUACUGAGAAGAGCACUGAAGAAGAUGCUGAUCUACUGCCUUGUGCUCUUACUAAGACAUCUGGUGAUGGUGUCAAUGGCGAUAUGGUCAGACAGAACUCCGGCAAGACCAAGGUGCACCGACAGCUUUCCAAGCCACUAUCUGAGCAGCAGAAGUCCAUGGCAGGAUCUGCUGGUAAAAGUGGUAAAGAAGAUGAUGAUAAUGAAGAUGACGACGAGGAGUACCCGGAGGUGUCAACGUUUCGACUGUUUAGCUACAACCGACCGGAGUUUCCCUGGAUGGCGCUCGGAUCUCUUUGUGCCAUGGCCAACGGUGUACUAUUCCCGCUGUUUGGUAUCGUGUUCUCUAAGAUCCUGAACAUAUUCCGCUUCGUCGGUAAUCCGAGCAUGGAAGACGCGUACAAGCGAGAGGCUGGCUUGUGGUCAGGCAUAUUUGCUGCGCUAGGUUUGGCCUCGCUAAUCGUCAUUGUCUUGCAGUACCUCACGUUUGCCAUAUCUGGUGAGGCGUUGACAAAGCGCAUGAGGAGCAUGGCAUUCACAGCAAUGCUUAGAAAGAAUAUUGGAUUCUUUGAUGAGAAGAAGCACAGCACCGGGGCAUUAGCUACUCAGCUGUCAGCUGAUGCAGCUCUAAUCCAGGGAGCUACUGGUGCCAAGCUGGCGUCCGGCAACCAGUUCGUUGCCACUCUGCUUGCCGCUCUCAUCAUCAGUUUUAUCGCUUCGUGGCAGUUGACACUGGUGCUGCUGGGUAUGCUGCCGUUCAUCAUUGCCGGCUCAGCAAUCCAAUACCAAGCCCUGGCUGGAUUCAGUGCUGCCAAUCGACCGGAACAGAUCACCUCUGGAAAGCUGGCUAUCGAGUAUGUGGAUAAUAUUCGCACGGUGGCGUCGCUUGGACUUGAAGACCGUGCCGUUGCUAGAUACAUGGAUGUCCUGGAGCCACUCCACAUUGCUGCAAAACGCAAUCGGCACAUUGUUGGCCUGGCGUUUGGCUUCGGUGAAGCUACAUUCUUCUUCCUGUACGCCGUCACGUUCAGCUUUGGCGGCUAUCUCAUCAAGAAUCACGGGGAAAGCUUUGAGGAUGUGUUUGAGGUGUUUGGUGCUAUGCUCUUUGCUUCGAUUUCCCUGGGCGAGGCUGCAGGACUAGCACCGGAUCUGCAAAAAGCGAAACGCGCCGCUUCCAGAAUACUGCACUUGAUUGAUUCAGUACCGGAGAUUGACUCCCUGUCCUCGGAGGGAUCAAUGCCAGACACAGUUGCUGGCAACAUUGAGCUGACAAACAUCCGAUUCCGCUAUCCGACACGUCCAGACAUUGAAGUCCUGCAGGACACGACCAUCACAGCCAACCACGGUCAGACCAUUGCACUUGUAGGGCAGUCUGGCUGCGGCAAGAGCACCAGUGUGUCACUGCUGGAGAGAUUCUAUGACCCGGAGGCUGGCAUUGUGACACUUGACGGGCAAGACAUUCGCACGCUGAACUUGAAAUGGCUCCGCCAGCAGAUGGGUCUUGUGCAGCAGGAGCCGAUAUUGUUUGAUGCCAGCAUUGCGGACAACAUUGCGUACGGCGCUCUUGGUGAUGGGCCAAUCAGCAUGGAGACCAUUCAGGAAAUGGCAAAGAAAGCCAACAUCCAUGACUUCAUUGCAACUUUACCCGACGGCUACGACACCAAUGUAGGUGCCAAAGGUACACAGCUGUCCGGUGGCCAGAAACAGCGCGUGGCCAUUGCCCGAGCACUGAUACGCAAUCCCAAGAUUCUCUUGCUGGAUGAAGCCACCAGUGCUCUGGACACGGAGAGUGAAAGAGUUGUCCAAGAAGCCCUGGAUGUGGCACGGCAAGGUCGUACCAGCAUAGUCAUUGCUCACCGCUUGUCCACCAUACAGAAUGCCAACAAGAUUAUUGUCCUCGGCGGUGGACAGGUUCUGGAGCAGGGUACACAUUCUGAACUGAUGGCAACGGAGGGAGCGUACUACAAACUGAACGCUGCACAAGAGGACAACGAGGGAGCUACGUUGGCUUGAUGCGCGUACACACGUUACCAAGCACGCCAUUGCUGUGACAGCACUGAUCACUGUGACACACUUCAGACUCGACGUUCGGUGCUUUGCCCCAGGUUUGCCAGACGAGCAUACGUUCUGUGAUGAGAAUGGCUGUUUCCCAACAGUGCAGGGCCUUUCUAAAUGGAUCUCAGUUAUCGUUGUGCAGUGAUCGAUCAGCGUGUAGGUACUGGUGAGCAAGCCGCAUUUUCUCAGUCCAUGUGGGCUGUACAAUGUUGAACUAGUCUUUUGUUGAGCUCAACGUCCUUCCUGGAUCGUUGGCGGUAACUAAUCAAACCGAAUGACAAAUAUAGUAUAUUAAGUAGGCACAAGUCAUAAUCGCUGCAUGCUUUGGACGAACUGGCAGGCGUGCUUUUCCGCGCUACAAUACUUGGAUUUUCUAUAACUAUUAUUAUGGCAACUCUUUUCUAAUUGGUUCCGGUCCCGCAUCAAUCUCCAUGCUGCAGCAUUGUGUUGUUCAUUACUGGUGCACUCAUCUUCAUCUGUCUUUUUACAUGUUAUGAUGCAGCUUUGUGAUGGUUUAGAACCAUUCAAGCAUGACCUGAUUAUUCCAGGCAUAUUCGACACACACACACACUCACACACACACACACACACACACACACACACACACACACACACACACACACACACACACACACACACACACACACACACACUUCAUUCGCUUCCUGAAUUCAUGCUCAUGGCUCCAACUUCGAGCCCAACAGCACUAGAUUCACAUGGACACUCUGUGUCAUACUGUACUUCAAGUACUUCCUUGCUUGAUACUCGACAACUCUCUUUUCUGUAUUGCAUGCUCUUGCUGCCCCAUAUUGCCGCACUGAACUGAUAGAUUAUGCUUGACGGUUGACAUAAUUAUAAUUUUGUGACUAUGAAAUGUGACUGCAUCUUCAUAAUUCAUGUACUUCUUUUUCUUGAUGACGAAUUCUCCUAUUCCUGAUUUGUAUACUUGAAGUGGGAUGUUAGAGUAGGAACUCUACAGAACAGUAAUUAUGCCGGUAUGCCAUUUUGCUAGUCGUUUCUGCAUUAAUUUUUGUUGGACAUUGCUAUUCCAGCAGGUUUGCGGAGCGAGUCAAAGCGAUGACCGCAAUGUGUUAGCUAGCCAUGGCGGAGAGAAGGAAGAUGAUAGUUAAAUUCGAAUGGCAUUAUGCCUGCCACACAUGCAGUGCUGUGGUCUGGGGUGAGUUUGUUCUAAACACAUUGAUGUCUGCAUGGCCAUAUGGGUGAGUGACACCAUUCCAGUAUUGCGUACUCUUUCUUACUACCGGUACAAGUACCUGACUUUUUGGCAAUCAAGCUAUUGUAUGAAAAUUUAAGCUACCAAACUAAUGAUGUGCAUUCGCUGUUCUCUUUCUCUCUGAGUGGCCACAGCGAUGUCCUUGAGUUGGAUGGAUGCCUGCAAGGAACAAUAUGAGCAUUCUGUUCCUGUUUCUCACAUUCCUCCCAACUCAUUCUGCAGCAGUGUGGCAAGCACACUGGACUAGUGGUCUAGAACCUGUUGUGGUGUGCUAAGCAGUGAGGUCUGUCCGUUGGAUACUCGGGCCACUCCUCCGGAAUGGUAUGCGCCUGUAAAGCUCUGCUUCGGUGCAUGGAUAAACUAGACACACUCAGAGUCAGGCGGGCCAGCUCGACACAACGGAGAAUGCAGUGCAACCACCCUGUGCAGGUAUGUAACACUUAGUAUAACUGUUGACUAUACCAAUAAUGUUAACGUCAUGCAAAUAUCGAGCCCCAUAAAGUGAAUUAUAUACUUGUAAGUCACACAACAUGAUCACCCUAGUUGCU